GUUUCCUGUUCGGAGAUGUUCGCGCCCGCAGGCAAGCGCUGCUUCACCAUCGAGGCUCUGGUGGCCAAGGAGAACCCGCUGGCCGGGGCCGACGACCCCGUCCGGCCCACGGCGCUCAGCUACGCCGGCCCCGCCGCGGACGCCCUGAUGGGCGGCUACCAGGCGGCGGCGGCGGCUGCGGCGGCGGCGGCGGCCCGCUCGCUCUACCCGACCCCGGCCGAGCUGGUGUUCCCCGAGGCGGUGAGCGGCCACCCGUCGCUGGGCGCGGACCCCCAUCACGCCCACCACCCCCACCAGCAGCACCAGCACCACCACAGCCAGCAGCACGCGCACUUCUUCGGCUCCGUGCAGCACCGAGACCCGCUCAACUUUUACCCCUGGGUGCUCCGGAACCGGUUCUUUGGACACAGGUUUCAAGGUCACGACGUCUCCCAGGACGGCCUGCUCCUCCACGGCCCGUUCGCCCGCAAGCCCAAACGGAUCCGAACCGCCUUCUCGCCGUCGCAGCUGCUGCGCCUGGAGCGAGCCUUCGACAAGAACCAUUACGUGGUGGGUGCCGAACGCAAGCAGCUGGCCGCCGGACUCAGCCUGUCCGAGACGCAGGUGAAGGUGUGGUUCCAGAACCGGCGGACCAAGUACAAGCGGCAGAAGCUGGAGGAGGACGGGCCGGAAGCGCAGCAGAAGAAGGGCAACCACCACAUCAACAGGUGGCGCGUGGCCACCAAGCAGACCGGCUCUGAGGACAUCGACGUCACUUCGGAGGACUAAAAAAAAAAAAAGAAAAUCACAGAAAACCAAAAACACUGCUGACUGACUCACGAGGACCAACAACAUUAUUUAUGAUGUCACAUGAUGAAGUAUAACGUCGAACGAACGCGACUGAGACGGACCCCCCUCGUUGUGUUCUCGUGCUGUUGUUUCAUUAAAGCUGCUGUGUAGGUC